AUGCUAUCUUCAAAAAAAAAAUUGACAAGGCGCUCUCUCUCUCUCUCUCUCUCUCUCUCUCUCUCUCUCUCUCUCUCUCUCUCUCUCUGCUCACAUAUUCCAUGUCACUACAAUGGACAUUGGGGAUUAAAUCAAAAUGAAAAAAAUCAAAAUCUAUUUUUGACAAUAUUCCAUCUAUCUUUUUCUCUUUCCUCACAUCUUUCCCUACAUCUUUUCUCUCGUCGUUUCUCACGCCUUUCCUCACGUCUAUUCUCUCGUAUUUUCUCACAUCUUUUCCCACGUCUUUCCACGUUUUUCCUUUCGUCUAUCCCCACAUCUUUCCUCACGUUUUGGCACACCUUUUUCAUGGCUUUUCUCACGCUUUUCCUCGUGUUUUUCACAUCUUUUCCCACGUCUUUCCACUCGUUUUUUUUUUUCACGUUUUUCCUCGCGUCUUUCCUCGUGAUUUUCCUCACGUUUUUCCACCUAUCUUUCCUAAAUUUAUUCAUAUCGUCUUUCCUCACGUUUUUCCUUUCGUCUAUCCUCACAAUCUUUCCUCACGUUUUGGCACACUUUUUUCAUGGCUUUUCUCACGCUUUUCCUCGUGUUUUUCAUCUCGUCUUUCCACUCAGCUCUCACGUUUUUCGUCUCGUCCUUCCAAUCAUCUCUCACGUCUUUCAUUUCGUUUUUUCACUCACGUUCUCCUCGCGUUUUUCAACCUGUCUUUCCACUCCUCACUCCUCACGUGCUUCGUCUUUCUACUCGUCUCACCUCACGUCUUUCCCUAUAUUUUUCGUCUCGUCUUUCCACUCGUCUUUUCUCACGUCUUUUAUCUCGUCUUUCUAUUCAUCUCUCUUCACGUUUUUCGACCCGUCUUUCCACUCACCUCUCCUCACGUGCUUCGUCUUUCUACUCGUCUCUCCUCAAGUCUUUACGUUUUUCGUCUCGUCUUUCGACUCGCCUUUCCCCACGUCUUUCAUCUCAUCUUUCCACUUGUCUCUCAUUACGUUUUCAUCUCGUCUUUCCACUCGUCUUUCGUCUCGCCUUUCCACACGUCUUUCCUCACCUCUUUCGUCUCGUCUUUUCUCAAGUUUUUCAUCUCGUCUUUCGACUUGUCUUUCUCCACAUCUUUCCUUGGGUCUUUUCCUCACGUAUUUCUCUUCGCCUUUCCUCACAUGUUUCCGCUCAUCUUUCCUCCUAUUUUUUAAUCAAAUCUUUUCAUAUCGUCUUUCCUCGCGAUUUUCAUGCCGUCGUUCCGCUCGUCUCCUAGUAGAAAAUCAGUAUCACGUCUAA